AUGGCUCAAAAAGACAAAAAGUGUUUGAACAAAAAUACUAAAAAAGUCAGAGCGAUGAGUACAAAUUAUAACGAGGACAAAUGCCCAACAACACGGCAUUUGAUAGAGUUGAUGAAACAACCGCACGCUUCCGACCUCAAUUUGUACGAUAAUCACAAAAAAAUGUUGUUGUCUAUUUGUGAGUACUUGGUCGAUACAGGCGUCACGACAGACCUGUACGAACAAUGCAUCAACCAACAAAUAUUCCUCGACUGCGACGUGUCACAAGCUCUACACAACAAACGGUCACUGGCUUUUGUGUUGCAAUUUUUCGAGUGUGUCGAACCGCCUUAUUGUGAGGUCGAUAACUUACCAAAGGUGAUUGCUUCUGUCAUUCAAAUCUACUGUUCCGAUGCAAAUGCCGGUCUUAUAAAGACUGUCCCAUCACUUAUUGGGAUAGUUGGUAUGAUCUGUGUGUUUCAUAUGUUUGCAAAUAGUCAAAUGCAAACAACUGAUAUUCUCAACGAACUUAACAUCCUCUUGCCCGCAUCCUCCGAACAACCUUUUGUUUCAACAUCAAGAAGGUAUUGCUUGACAGCUUGUGAGGCACUCAUGAAAGCUCCCCCAAAAGAAGAUAACGUCGACUCAACAAAGUACUUACAAGGAAUCACUGAAGUACAGUACUUGUUGUCACGGUAUCCUUUAGAUCGCACUAUAGACCACAUCAAACAACUUUUGUACCAAUAUAAAGAACAAUCAACGCAAUCCGCAAUUCGCGACGUUUUCUUCAACUACUUGGAUGGGAAAGUCGUUUCGAGAAAUUUUUCGUGGCCGUGCUCUGACUUUGUGUCGGUCAGAGAGAUACAAACAGCGAUGAACUUGGACCCACAGACAUUUCAAAGUAUUGUACUUGGCGAGGACCCGAAGGUGAAAGACUUCAUCGCACAAAUGCAGUUACAGGGACUUGAGAUGCCGCCACGUCCAGUCAUCUCAAAUGAUUUUACUGCCACUACAGUCCCAUACCAAGCACCCGCUCGUGUCAAAGUCGAGAAAGAAGAAAAGCCCAAAAAGGCAAAGACGACGUCCAAAGCUGUCGAGACUUCAAAGCCCAAAGUUGGCGACGAAGACGAGCACAAACAGAAAAAGAAGAAACGACGUUUUAGUGAAGAGGAGACGCAGAAUUUGAUUGAUGGGGUGAAACAGUAUGGUAUCGGGCACUGGAAGAACAUACUUGGGAGUUACAAAUUUGACGGGAGGAGUUGUGUCGACUUGAAAGACAAAUGGAGGAACAUCGAGAAUUCGAAGAACAGAAAUAACCAGCAAAAGUCGACUCAAAGUCAAGGGAGGAGUAGAGAAGCGACGAGUGCUGCGACAUCCGCAUCGGGUUCGACGGUACUUCCCCCAUUCAACCCUGACAAUUUUUAA